GUCCACUAAAUUAUUUAGAUUGUAUGGCCACUUCAUCUCGCUCUUGCCUCUCCCCUGUUGAUCUCUGCCUUAGCAACAAUACCUCUCUCAAAAAUGGCGGAAAAUGUUCAUUUCUUCGCAGCAAAACCGAUUUGCAGCUUCUCCACAGAUCCCCCAACAAAAAUAUCUCCAAAAAGAAUUUUAUUGUAACGAAUAUUGCUACGCCGGAAGCAGCUGCAGAUCUUGUUUCCUCUUCGGCCGGCGCAGAUCUUCUCUCUUCUUUCUCUCUCCCCACCUUCCAAGGCAUCUCUGACAAUCCAUGGGUUGCUGGGAUAGCUGGAUUGAUGGUGGGAGUGCCUUUCCUGAUCCAGUGGCUUGUAACAGUGUCAAAGGAGGUUGGGGUGGUGGCGGAGACGGUGGAGGAAAUAGCUGACGCGGUAGGUAAAGUGGCGGAGGAAGUGGACAGAGCGGCGGAGGACUUGGCGGAGUCGCUGCCGGAGGGAGGGCUAAAGCAGGUUGUGAGCUUUGUUGAGGAUUUGGCUGAAGAAACAGCCAAGGACGCUCAAAUGGUUGAGGAGUUGAUGGACAAGGUGGAAGAAUUGGACGAGAAGUUGGAAAAAAUAUUGGAGAAAGAAUCCAAAAAAGGCACUGAGAAAGAAUGAUGGGUUAUUGAUUGUUAGAAGAAUGGAUAUAUUGCUGCACUUUAAAAGCAACAAAUAAAACGUGAUGAUUAUACUACUCAAGUAAGAAAGGCUUUUGGAGCUUAAUCGGUUUAACUAUGUAUCUCUCUUUUAAUUUCCUAUUAUUUUGGUUUUCGGAUACAAAUAUACACAAUAAUGUAAGUCUCUCUCUUUUUUAUUUAA